CGGACAACCAAAGACCAGUUCCGGUUGAAUCGACGCUGUGCACGGGGACCGACCGCGGCGCAAUGAAGACCAACAGCACGGCCACCACCACCACCACCGCGGCCUCCCGGUACGGGCAGCGGGUGCUCCCGCUCCUGCUGCUGCUCCUGCUGCUGGUCGCCCUGCACGUUCCGGCCAACGGCCUCCCGGUGCGCGGCUCCCGCCACGCGGCCCGACCGCAAGGGCUCGCGGCCGAGGCCUCCGCUUCCCGGACAGAAGCGGUGGGCGAAAGGGAAGGCUGGCGGUCCCGCCUGCCGCGGGACGUGUACGCGUCGCCCCUGCUCUGGGACAGCCGGUCCGAGUGGGAGGCCUUUCGGGAGGGCCCCGGACAAGGGGAGAAACCACCGGAGGCCGACCACCUCUGGGAGCAGGUCAAGCUGGAGGCCCUGRCGAGGCUCCGCAGCGAGCCGGAGGCGGGGCCGCAGCUCUACCAGAGCAUCCUGUCGCAGGGAUCCCUGGUGGAGGCCAUCGUGGGGAUCAUUGCCAGUGAGUGGCGUCGUGGUGCACUGCAUUUCAUUGCCGUGCCGUGCACUGCAUUGGCCACAAAGGAAUACCCCUGUGUCUGCCCUUGCGCUUUCGUUCCUUCGGUGUUGGCUCUGGCCUCCCAUUUCGCGAUUCCUCACUUAUUUCCGAUUGACUUCCCACGUUUCGUGAAUCCCGUGCCAAACGACACAACACACAAUACAUACACACAACGCAACACAACGCAACACAAUACAACACACACACACACACACACACACACACACACACACACACACACACACACACACACACACACACACACACCAUCCCCCCAAAGACGAGGUCGAAACGGAGCUGAUCCGGGCCACCGAGAUCAAGAAGGUCUUUCUGGACGUCCUGACCGACGAGGACGCAGAGGCGAUCCACUGCGACGCCAUUGCCGCCGCCACCCGGAGCCCCAGCGUCGAGCUGGCGGUCCUGGCCGUCCUCUUCCACACGGGCCUGCACGCCCUGGUGUGCUACCGGGCCGGGCACCGCCUCUGGACGGUCCAGGGCCGCACGGGACUGGCCAAGUACCUCCAGUCGACCGUCAGCGGGCGGUACAGCGCCGACAUCCACCCGGCCUGCGAGAUGGGGAGGGGCAUCUAUCUGUGCACGGCGUCGGGGGUCGGUAAGAAGCCCAGCCGAAGCCGACGGGCGGGAGCGGAGUGGAGUGGAGUGGAGUGGAGUGGAGUCAAGGCGGAAGCGAUAGAGCGCACGGCCCGGUUCGCAUGCAACAUUUUUCUUCUCACUUUUUGUUGUUGUUGUUGUUGUUUGCUUUGGUUUUUGCUGGAUUGGUGGCUUGCUUUGGUUUUUGCUUGAUUGGUGCUUCCCCUCGGCUUUGCCAGUCAUCGGGGAAACGGCCACGGUGGGCGACGACGUCAGCAUCCUGCACGGGGUGACCCUCGGCGGCACCGGCAAGGAGCUGGGGGACCGGCACCCCAAGGUCGGGAACGGCGUCGUCCUCAAGGACUGCUCCACGGUCCUGGGCAACAUCGUGGUGGGGACGGGGGCGGUCGUCUCGGCCAAGGCCAUCGUCAACAAGCCCGUCCCGCCCCUGGCCAUCGUGGGGGGGGUCCCGGCCAGGGUCAUCGACCACCGGGUCCUGGAGGUGGGGGCCUUCCGCGACGACCUGGAGGAGCACCUGGCCUCCAAGUACCUCGACGAGUGGAGGGAGCUGGAGGAGAACAAAUGACCAAACGGCACGGACCAAAACAAAAGGCCGAACGAUUGCCGGUGUGCGACGCAUCGCUUCGUGGAAUCCCAUAACGAUUUCGGGCUGCGCAUCUCCCGAGACCACGUUGCCUGUUUCGACCUUCUUUCGGCGAGAAGCACCGAUAUUGUUGCUGUUAAUCAAUGCUCUGCUAUUACUAGUUGGAYUGCUUCUUGACUGGAGAAGAAAUUUAUAGUGUUAUU